AUGUGGCUAGACCGGCUGGGUCAUACGGGGAACGCAUCCUCGACCCCGACGAGUCGCGCCGCCUCACCCCUCCCGAGACGGACCUCCAGCGCCCGUGGUGUCUACACAACCCCUCAGCGCUCCGCGAGGGGCUCCUCCAUCUCCCUCCUUUCGAAUGAUUCGAGCGCCUCCUUGCCCUCUACCUCCGGGAAGCCCAACGGCUCGAGGUUGAAGCAAUCGACGAUCGCAGAUGACGGGAAACGCUCUUUAGACGCCCUCGGCAAGAUCCUCGGGGAAGCCUCACUAGGCGUCACGUCUAAAUCGGAGCAGAGCUCUAAGAUUACGCAGACCGAUCUUGACCUGCAGUUCGACUUUGGCGGACGAUCGCUUCAAGACCUUGCCAAUGGCGUCCUGGAUCCCAACGCCCGAGAAGCCCACAGACCACAGACGGUUGAGGAGUACAAACAGGAAAAGGGCAAAUUCGAGGAUCUUCAUCGAUCCAUCCGAGCCUGUGAUGAUGUACUGGCUUCUGUCGAGACGAACCUCACGAGUUUUCGAAAUGACUUGGCCGCCGUAUCUGCAGACAUAGAAACCCUACAGGCCAGAUCCACGGCGCUCAACGUGCGCCUAGAAAACCGCAAGGCCGUCGAAAAGGCCCUCGGCCCGGUCGUUGAGGAACUUAGUGUCUCACCAGUAGUAGUCUCCAAGAUCUCCGAGGGUCAUGUCGAUGAACAAUGGGUGCAGGCGCUCAAGGAAGUCGACAAAAGAGCAACGGCGUACCGCAACAGCUCUAACCAAACACAGAAUAAGGCCUGGGCAGAUCUCGGUCCUCUGUUGGAGAAACUGACGCAGAAGGCGGUUGAACGCAUACGGGAUUUCCUCGUGGCGCAAAUAAAGGCACUCAGAUCGCCGCAUAUCAAUGCUCAGAUCAUACAGCAACAAAACUUCCUCAAGUUCAAAGACCUGUUCUCAUUCCUCCACAAGCACCAUACUACGCUGGCCGAUGAAAUAUGCUUGGCUUACAUGAACACAAUGAGGUGGUACUAUGUCAACCAGUUCGCGCGCUACGAGAAGGCUCUUGGGAAAAUCAAGAUUCACCUCCUAGAUAAGAAUGACGUUCUGGGCCAUGAUGAAACCUCGAGAAAAACCACAGUGCUGUCCAGCGCCAAGAUCGCGGGACCUCCACAUGACGCCUUCAACUUGGGCCGCCGGAUAGAUCUCCUGAAAACGACCAACCAGGUGGCUCUGCCAUCUCACAUUGCUGAGGAAGACCAGUCGACACACUAUCUCGAAGUACCCUUCCGGAACUUCAACCUUGCUCUUGUUGACAAUGCCACGGCAGAGUAUACCUUCCUGGCAUCCUUUUUCGCCCCAGCCCUUUCCUUCUCGACCAUCUCGCGCCACUUCAACUACAUCUUCGAGCCCACCUUUGCCCUGGGCCAAGCAUUGACCAAGACAUUGACAUCCGACACCUACGACAGCCUAGGCCUGCUCCUCUGCAUUCGGCUCAACCAGCACCUCACGUUCGAACUGCAGCGACGCAAGAUCCCUGCCGUGGACAACUACAUGAACGGCACAAACAUGCUUCUCUGGCCGCGUCUCCAGGUCGUCAUGGACCACCACUGCGAGAGCGUGAGGCAGCUGACAGCAAAUCUCCCCGCGCGGCCCUCGUCGUCUGCCGCCUCAACACAGUCGGCGGCACCCCACGUCACAACCCAACGCUUCGGGCAGCUGCUGCACGGGGUGCUGGCGCUGAGUACGGAGGCCGGGGACGACGAGCCCGUCGUCACGAGUCUCCGCCGGCUUCGCAGCGAGAUCGAGGUGUUUCUGACCAAGCACAGCCAGACGUGGUUUGGCAAGGACAAGCGGAAGAGGGAGCGGUUCCUGUACAAUAACUAUUCGCUGAUUUUGACCAUUAUUAGCGACGUUGGGGGCAAGCUAGCUAUGGAGCAGCAAGAGCAUUUCGAGAGCCUGAAGAAGGCUUUCCAAGAAGCUGCAUGA